AUGGCAGCAGAAAAUCACAAGAUUAGACAACCUCAACAUGGAAUGUCGUCUCUCACAAGACUGAUAUACGAGCAUUCGGCCCAGAAAAGAGCCCCGGAGUCUGCCGGGUCGGUGGUAACAACAGAAUCCUCACACGGAAACACAUCAAGCUCAUCGUCAGCAUCCAGACCUGAUGUAUACAAUGGCACAAUUACAACAACCAUCUCUUUGGAAGGUGUUUCGCCCCAUAAUAGCCGCCGGAACUCUUCCGGGAGGUCAUCACCCCGCGGUUUCGCACCAGGAAGAAUAGAAACUGCCGUAGAUGUGAUUCCAGAGCUUGCAGAGACACCCAGUGCACUUGAGAGGCAGGAAUUGCGCUCCCAAAGGCUCAGAGAGAACCAAAUGUCGUCGGAAUCGGCGAAAAACUCCCUUCCGUCAUCCUCAAAGAGCAUCACAGGCUCCUCUUACAUCUCGCUCUCAAACAUGAUUCCGUACUCGGCUCCAGGAACAAAGGACGAGCAUCUGAGUUCGUCAGUGACCUCACUUUCAAACCUCAGCUCGAACUUUUCACUUCCUUCAAACGGACAACUCAUCACGGGAAAUCGCAUAUCUUCACCCACUGUGACUUCUCCCUCACAGCUCGAGUCACGUUUCAUCGUGUCGAAGCAGAGGAUCCACCCGGCGCAGUCUUCAAGCUCGUUGGUCAACUUCUUCUCUUCGUCCACACCUCGCACCUCCGGGUCCAUUGCGCGCACACCUCGCACCUCCUCGCAUUCCAGUGCAGACAGCGGCGCUGGCGCUGGCGCGACCCCGGGCUCUGGCGCUGGCACAACCUAUGCUUCGCGCCACUCCUCCAUGGCUGACUUGCGCCACUUCUUCAAGAAGUCUUUAACCUUUGGCUCUCCGCGCUCUGACUCUUACUCAUCCAAGCUCAGCGCAGGCCUCAGCGCGCAGCGUCAGAGUGGCACGCAGCAGCAGCAGCAGCAGGAUGCGCUUGGCGGAUCGUCGUUACCGCCGCCUUCCCCAGUUGCCUUGCGCAAAAGUUAUGGUCCUGAAGGUAGCUACUCUGCGCAUUUAGCCGAGAGAAGAGGUAGCAUGUCUACCAACAUGGGAACCAGCUUCAAGAGUGUGGGUUCGCUGACGAAUUUGAGCGGCAGCACGAGCAGCGGUCACGGCGCAGGCGGCGGUGCGGCAAAUGGUGGCGCCAGCGGAGGUGCGGGUGCGGGUGGAGCGCCGAGCGCAGAUGGCACUGCCUACAGCGUGUCUGUGGGCGGCAACAGAACCCCAGAAAUCCCCUUCAAAAAGAGAUACUCGAGAUUUGGCGACAGCUUGGGAAAAGGCGCAGGCGGCACGGUGCGCCUCAUGAAGCGCCUGCGCGACGGGCGCGUGUUUGCGGUUAAAAAGUUCCGCUCGCGCUAUGCGCACGAAAGCAGAAGAGACUACACCAAAAAAAUCACAAGUGAGUAUUGCAUCGGCUCUACUUUGAAGCACCCAAACAUUAUCGAGACUGUGGAAAUCGCGUAUGAUGCAGAUCACAUGUAUCAGGUAAUGGAGUACUGCGAGUACGAUUUGUUUGCGAUUGUCAUGUCGAACAAAAUGUCGGAAAACGAGAUCAACUGCUGCUUUAAGCAGGUUUUGAACGGUGUCCGGUAUCUCCACUCGAUUGGUUUGGCACACAGAGACCUUAAGCUCGAUAACUGUGUCGUCAACAGGGACGGAAUUGUCAAAAUUAUCGAUUUUGGCUCCGCGGUUGUCUUCCAGUACCCAUUUUCGCGAAAUCUCGUUGAGGCAAGCGGAAUUGUGGGCUCAGAUCCGUAUCUGGCACCUGAGCUAUGUGUUUUCUCGAAGUACGACCCCAGACCCGUCGAUGUGUGGUCGUGUGCGAUCAUCUAUUGCUGUAUGGCAUUGAAAAAGUUCCCGUGGCGUGUUCCAACGCUUUCCGAUAACAGUUUCAAGCUUUUCGCCUCGAGAAAACCCGGUGCCACGUUUGGUGAGCUUUUGAAGGAAGUUCCGGCUCCUCCUGCGUACGAUGAGGUGGAAGGAGUGAAGAAAGAUGAUGAGGGUGAUGCAGAUGCUAAUGGUAGCAAAGAUGAUGACGUCGAGCAUGCAGGCAACAGUAAGGAAAGCAGUGGGGAGGGCAAUAAGCAAAUCGACGAGGAAAACGCCAGGAAAAGCAGCAAGGAGAACGCCAAAGAGAGCAAAGCAGACUCAAAUAUCGCUUCCACCAACUCUAGCAACUCAAAAGACAGUGGCAGCUCGAAAAAUUCACAGAAGCACACCUCCAACCUCAUGGGUGAGGCCAGGCUCUUGAAUGCUCUUCCAAAGGAGGUCAGAUCGCUUAUUGGCGGCAUGGUUGAGCUUGCUCCAGCGUGUAGAAUUUCGAUAGACGAGUGUUUCAAUGAUCGUUGGCUCCGGAAUGUCGAAAUGUGCCGUCUGGUGGAUGAAAAUGGUGAAGAUUGCUCGACUGGGCGCUUAGUCAAGGCCACAAAUCACGUGCACACGCAGGUGGACCAGAGUGUGGCUCAUAUUGCUGCAUUGGAGAGGAACAGGAGGAAGGAGAAGAAGGAGAAGAAGGAUAGGAAGUAA